AUGAAUGUCCCGUACGACAGCGCAGUGCAAUUCACGCGCCACCAAGACCUCCAGGUAUCGGUAUUUCACAACACCGCCGUGUAUUUGGGCAAUGUAGCUGCGACCCCCAAGUUUGUGCACUUGACGCCCGAGAACUCGCGGCGGUGGCGCGCGUUAGCCGCGUGGUUCAGAGUCGUCGCGUACGGCCGGGACGGUCACGCCGAGAUCAUCCGUCGGAACGUCGAGUGCGCGCGCUUGUUGGCGAGUCGGCUGUCGGAAUUGACAAACCAAGUGACGGUACUCGCUCAACGUAGUGCUGUUUGCCGUCGCGGGCGUCGAAGUCAAAACGCUCGCGUGGCUCCAGCAGUUGACGGACACGUGCACCGUCUUCCUCAUGCCCACCGUCGUCCGCGCGGCCUUUUCCAACUGGGGCACUACGGCACAUGA